UGCCAAUGAGCUCCGCCGAGUAGCAGAGGGGGCAGGGCUAGCCCUUAAAGGAGCCGCUACCCGUUAGCAGACCGGAGGGUGACCCGGAUGAUGGCGGCCGGCGCGGCCCUAGCCUUGGCCUUGUGGCUACUACCGUCAAUAGGGGUGGGAGGUGCAGGACCCCCACCAAUCCAGGACGGCGAGUUCACGUUCCUGCUGCCUGCAGGAAGGAAGCAGUGUUUCUACCAGUCCGCGCCGGCCAACGCAAGCCUCGAGACCGAGUACCAGGUGAUAGGAGGUGCUGGGCUGGAUGUGGAUUUCACGCUGGAGAGCCCUCAGGGAGUGCUGCUGGUCAGUGAGUCCCGCAAGGCAGAUGGGGUGCACACGGUGGAGCCCACUGAGGCCGGGGACUACAAGCUGUGUUUUGACAACUCCUUCAGCACAAUCUCCGAGAAACUGGUGUUCUUCGAACUCAUCUUUGACAGCCUGCAGGAUGAUGAGGAGGUUGAAGGCUGGGUAGAGGCCGUGGAGCCAGAGGAGAUGUUGGAUGUCAAGAUGGAGGACAUCAAGGAGUCUAUCGAGACCAUGAGGACGCGGCUAGAGCGCAGCAUCCAGAUGCUGACACUGCUGCGAGCCUUUGAGGCACGUGACCGCAACCUGCAGGAAGGCAAUCUGGAGCGGGUCAACUUCUGGUCAGCUGUGAAUGUGGCUGUGUUGCUGCUGGUGGCCGUGCUACAGGUCUGCACACUUAAGCGCUUCUUCCAGGACAAGCGCCCCGUGCCUACAUAGCCCCUGCCCCUGAUGAAGUACAGCGAAAAGGAAUGGC